AUGGCAUCACCCACUCCGGCCCCCCGGCCGGACCAAAUCUCUUCCUCGACCCCCCUCCUCCAAUCUGACUCGGCCUCCUCAUGCGCCUCUUCCAUCCGCUCCCUCUCCCCGUCCCGACGUCGUCACCACAAUGGCCGUACCUCCCGAGCCGCCGCCGCCUCCGCCCGCAACCUCUCCUUCGCCUCGGCCCUGCUCUCCUCCCUCUGCGCCGGCUCCAUAACCAUCUUCAGCAUGUACGGCCACAUCUUCCAGGAGCGUCUACACUACACCCAGUUCGAGGUCAACGGGCUGUCGAGCGCCGCUUCAAUCGCCACAUACAUGCCCGUGCCGCUGUUGGGAUACAUGUGUGAUCGCGUAGGGCCGGGACCGCUGUCGUUUGUCUCGGCGCUGUUCUUUGCGGCUGGAUAUGGGCUGGCUGCGGGCGUGUAUAAGCGGGAGGCCGAGGGGGCGGCGUUGGGUAGCGGUGGUGAUGGCGAGGACACGAGUGGAUUGGCAUAUUGGGCUAUGAUUGCUGCGUUUGUGUUUAUUGGCGUGGGAACGUGCUCCAUGUAUAUGAGCGCUGUGGCGACGUGCGCAAAGAAUUUUGGAAGGGGGAAACAUCGUGGGUUGGCGCUUGCGGUCCCUAUUGCGGCGUUUGGUCUGAGCGGGAUGUGGCAGAGUCAGCUUGGAAGCCGUGUGUUCUAUGAGAGAUUCGCGGAUGGGACAAAGGGCGACUUGGACGUCUUCCACUUCUUCAUCUUCCUUGGCGUCCUGCUGCUUGUAGUUGGCUGCUUGGGCACAUUCGGCUUGAAGAUCGUUGACGAAGAGGAUCUAAUCGACGAAGCAGUCGAAGAACUGGAGCGCAGCGGUUACCUAGACGGAAGCGCAUUCCUCCAGGGCAGCAGGACCGCAGACAGACCAGGCUACGGCGCCGUCGAGCAAUCACCCCUCGACAUGGAAAGCGCCGGCAUCCUCGACCCCUCCAAGGCCGACGACUCCGACUCAGAAGAAGACGACAACGCCCGCAUCAAGAAAACGUGGGUCCUCAACGCCGAAACCAGACGAUUCCUGACCGACCACACAAUGUGGUGCUUCGCCCUCGGCUUCUUCCUCAUGAUCGGCCCCGGCGAGGCCUUCAUCAACAACCUCGGCACCGUCAUCAAGACACUCUACCCGCCCCAUCUCAAAUUCGUCGGCGAACCCACCUCCGCAGCCACCCACGUCUCCAUCGUCGGCAUCACCAGCACUCUCGUCCGCCUCCUCACCGGCUCUCUGACCGACCUCCUCGCUCCUAGCCCGCAGGCCCGGCACGUCCAGAUCACCUCCUCCGGCACCCUCGAGCGCAAGCGCUUCUCCCUCUCCCGCGUGUCUUUCCUGCUCUUCUUCGCUGUUGCCCUCUCCGUCGGCUUAGCCGCCCUCGCCUCAGGCUGGAUCCAAAACCACGGUGAGCGCUUUUGGGUCGCCUCGGGCCUGGUCGGUGCCGGCUACGGCGCUGUGUUCUCUCUCACGCCCAUCAUCAUCACCGUGAUCUGGGGCGUCGAGAACUUUGCGACCAACUGGGGUAUCGUGGCCAUGUUCCCUGCUCUUGGCGCGACGUUUUGGGGACUGGUGUACUCGGCUGUUUACCAGUCGGGGGUGGAGAAGGCGGCUUCUAAUAAGCAAGGCGGGGAGGAAGAUCAGUUUUGCUAUGGGAGUGAUCCAGAACUUGAAUCUUGCAACCGUGCGUUGCAUCGAGCGCGGCAAUUGACCAAUUGGGCAUCGACUUUUCCAUUUUCUUUUGCCAUUCUUCACUCAACAACUCAACUCAUGAUGUUUACAAACAACUCCUCAAUAGUCUCCAAACGCUCCGUCGAAAAACUCUACUACCCCAACGAACCCCAUUUCUUCCGCUUCUUCGUCAAGAAAUUCCAGCGGCGCGCACCUUUGAUUAAUCGCGGUUAUCACUUUCGGUUGCACGUCAUUGAUGUUCUUGUUCGCAAUUUUUUACGGGAGGAACGGACCGGAGAGGCAAAGGGGAAAAAGAAAGUGGUGGUUAAUUUGGGAUGUGGAAGUGAUGUUUUGCCUUGGCAGUGUUUGACUAGGUAUCCGGAUGCUUGUUCUCCGAAGGGGGAGGGGGAGGAAGGGGGAGCCAAGUUUGUGGAUGUGGAUUUCCCGGAUCUGAUUGAGCGGAAGAAGAGGACGGUUUUGGAGACGCCGGAACUUUUGGGGCCGUUGACGGGGGUGGAGGUGCCGGAGUUUGCUCCUGUUCCUGCUCCUGCUGCUACGGCUGCUGCUACGGGUACGGAUACCACGACGACAGAGAGCAAGACGACGGCAGCAACCACAUCAACCACCUCGACACAAGCCCCUCCAAAACCCAAGAAAACCCCCAAACCAAAGGACAAAUCCAAAGCCGCCCGCGCUCCCGCCCCCACCACCGCUCCCACAGGCAUCGUCCUCACCAGCGACCAAUACGUCCAAAUAGGCUGCGACCUUCGCGAUCUCUCCACCCUGCAAGCCGCCCUCACCAAAGCUGUCGGCGGCGACCUCUCCUCCUGCACCUUCCUCUUCGUCGCCGAGGUCUCCAUCACCUACAUGGAAACACCGGGAGCCGACGCCGUGAUAGAGUGGGCUUCAUCGCUAGGCGACUCUGAGUUUGUCCUGCUCGAGCAAUUACUCCCUUCGGGACCGACUCACCCCUUUGCUUCCACGAUGCUGUCCCAUUUCCAUAAACUCAACACGCCCAUUAAGAGCGUGGACGUGUACCCGACCGUUGCGUCACAGGUGGAGCGGUUCCGCUCUAGAGGCUGGGGUAACGGCGGAGAUGUGCGCGUCUGGACGCUGUGGGAGGCGUGGGCGGACGCGGAGGACACGUUUGUCAAUGCGGCUGAGAGACGCAGGCUGGAGGAGGUGGAGCCGUUUGAUGAGUGGGAGGAGUUUGCGCUUUUUGCGAGCCAUUACUGCGUGGUGAGGGCUAGGACGGUGGCUAGGGAGGGACAGACUAAGGAAGAGAGGGGGAUCCCGAACGGAAGGGAGUUGGGGGUGCCGGUUGAGAAGGUCAAAGUGGGGUGGGAUGAUGUCCCGGGGCAGAGGGGACAGAGGAGGUUUGCGGCUGGGGCAGUGUUGCCUUCUUCUUCGAGUUCUGAGAAGAAAGAGGGGGGUGGGGAGGAGGUGAAGUUGCUGAAUGUGAUGGGGUUGGGGACGAAGAGCCGGUUGCAGAAUUGCGAUGUUUACGGGAAGAGAGAGGGAGGGGCUGCUGAAGCUGACGGUACUGAGGAAGGAAAGACGGCUGUGCCGUUCACUUUCCGUGAGGGCGGCCCGUCAACGAGGAUGUGUCACUCGUUGACGGAUCUCGGUAACGCUCAGCUUCUUGUCGGAGGACGGGCGUCACCAUCCACGCCCCUCAAGGAUUGCUGGCUGCUGGAGAAGAGUAACGGCAACGAGGGCGAAUGGGCAUGGAAACGCACCCAUGAUCUCCCGAUUCCGCUCUACAGGCAUUCUGUGGCGAGACUGGGGAACACAGAUAUGGCGCUGCUCGCUGGUGGAAGGGGAGUCGCCGAUAUAUUCCCUGAUUGGCUUCUUUAUGAGCCCAAGCUCGGCUGGAUUAGAUGCGAGAUCGCCGGGGAUGUCAAGCCGACGUCUGUGUAUGGUGCUACGCUCACUUGUCUCCGUCAAGAGCAAGACACCUUCUCUGGGGUCUUUGCUGGCGGCUUGAGCGAUGAUGGCCUCAUUGCUGAUCAGCUUCUCGCAUGGAACCUGGACGUAUCUGACAGCAGCAAGCCAGUCGUCAGGUUUGUUCCCCUACAAGUGAAAUCUAGUGCUGGCGGCCCUGAAGAGGCACUCUCACGUCAACUUCUUACGAGGUUCGGCGCUUCUUGUCUGCCCCAGAGUCAGACCGACUUCUUGGUUCUUGGUGGUGUUAUUAAGGACCACCUUUUGGAUCUGGAAGACGAGAUCCUGCUGUGCUCACUCAAUGGCGCCGGAGAGCUCACAAUCACACAACGGCUUGUUCCCGAGGCCGCAAAUGCUGAGACACCAUCCCACCCAGGCCCUUUGCUGUUGGUUGGAACUUCUCCUGUUGUCACGCCGAACGAUCGCCACUUGGUGAUCAUGGGCGGCGGAGCAACAUGCUUCUCCAUGGGAACCUUCUGGAACAAGGGAAUCUCGACUCUAGAACUACCCCUACCCGCUGUGAUGGGAAAUGGAAGUUCGCACGUGGCAGCACUUGGGUGGACGCAUGAGAAGACAGUCGACAUCAUCCCCGGUGAGCCAAGGAGUCUCCCUCUUCGAAGUCAGGCACCCGACGGUGCUGAGGGGAACGUCAAUGGCAGCGUAAGCGUCCGCACUCAACCCAUUCCCCGGGUCAAGUUGGAAAAUGCUGAAGACUUUGCCAGGAUCGUACGUGAGGGUCGUCCGGUGGUUCUGGAGGGCCUAAACCUGGGUGACUGUGUGUCAAAGUGGAGAGAGGGCGAGUACGUAGCGGAGAAGGUUGGAACGGACCGCAAGAUCGUGAUCCACGAGUCCACGACACCUGCAAUGGAUUUCACCACAAAGAACUUUCGCUAUGUGACGACCGAGUUUGGCGACUUCAUGAAGCGGGUCGGGAAAGGGGACCGGCUAUACCUGAGGGCACUGUCGACCGACAAGCCGACGGAAAAGCCAGCCGUUCUGAGUGACGACUUUCCCUUGUUGGCUACUGAUUUUGUGUUGCCGCCUGAGCUGGCCCUGGUAGACGAGAGACUGUUCAGCUCGGUUCUGCGAGUAUCUGGGCCGGUCAAUAUGUGGUUGCAUUACGAUGUCAUGGCCAAUGUGUACUGCCAAAUCGGCGGCUCGAAGCGCAUGAUUCUCUUCCCGCCGUCCGAUGUUGAGCAUCUCAGCUUUGCUCCUGGGGCAUCGAGUUCCAGUAUCGACGUCUUUUCAACUCUCUUUGGGGAGUCGAGUGACUCGAGAUACUUGGCUCAAGUGACGCAUCCUCACGAAGCUGUCGUGACUCCAGGAGACGUCCUGUUCUUGCCCCCGCUCUGGCUGCACACGGCGACUCCUACUUCGGAUAGCAGUAUUGCGGUUAACGUCUUCUUCCGCGAUCUCAAAGGCGGUUGCUAUGCAGCUGGGAAAGAUGUGUAUGGGAACAGAGACCUGGCGGCGUACGAGAAAGGCCGUAUGGAUGUGACCCGUAUUGCAAACAGCUUCCAGAAGCUGCCGGCUGAGGCGAGAGAGUUUUAUCUGUUGAGACUUGCAGACGAGCUCCGGAGGAAAGCAAAGGGAGCCCAGUAG